AACAUUAGUUGCGGCAACAUGACGGUGUACUGACACAAUCUCCACCGUGAAUUCCCGGAAGGACAUUCAAACACUCUCCCCUUUAAGCGCGUGUUCGGGGACGCUCCUUCUCAUCUCCACUAUAUAAAAAAAGGAACCAAACCCACCAAGGCAAAAAUUGAGUGUACCUCAAGAUAAAGCUUCGAAUCCCCAAAACCUUUAAACUCACAAAACCCUAAUCCCAAUUCCAAUUUCAUUUCAUAUAAUCAGGAAAAUUAGUUUGAUCUGCCAAGGGGCAGACGGAGAUUAAACAAUGUCUGCAAUUGUCUGCGGCAAGAGAUCUUUCUUCGAAGAUUUACAAUCGCCGUCGCCGACAUCAGCGUCGCCGCCUGUUUCCAAGAAGAUUCGUUGCUCUUCCUCCACUUCUCCGGUUCGGUUCCCGACCAGUUUGAUCGAUCAACUGAGAACUUUGUUUCCUGAUAUGGACAAUCAGCUUAUUGAGAAGGUUUUGGAAGAGUCCGGCAAUGACUUGGAUGCUGCUAUUAAGAGGUUACAUGAGCUUCAACUUGUGUAUGCCGAUGCAAAGACUGAUGGAGAGAUGGAGAAUGGAGAAAAACCAACUAAUGGGCCAGAUGUUCAAUCUGAAGGUCCUCCUCUCCAGAAUAAUCUUCCAGCUGAUGGUGCAGAAUGGGUGGAGUUGCUUGUCAGGGAAAUGAUGAGUGCUACAAGUGUAGAUGAUGCCAGGGCUCGUGCCACAAGAGUGUUGGAGAGCCUGGAGCGAUCAAUUAGUGUUCAUGCUGGUGUUGCAGCAGCUGAAAAUGUUCACAAGGAAAACGUGAUGCUGAAAGAGCAAAUUGAAGUGUUCCUUAGAGAAAAGGCCAUUUUCAAGCGUGCUAUUGCUAUCCAACAUGAACGGCAAAAAGAGUAUGAUGAUAGAAACCAGGAAGUGCAGCAAUUGAAGCAGAUGAUUGCUCAAUAUCAGGAACAAAUAAAAAAUCUUGAGGUGAAUAAUUAUGCUUUGACAAUGCAUUUGCACCAGGCUCAGCAAAACAAUUCUAUUCCGGGACGCUUCCAUCCAGACAUCUUCUAGUGCGGAGGCUAGUCCAGUUAAAGCUGUGGAAUAUACAAAGAAACAAGCUUGUUGGCAUCUUGUCAGCUGUGAUAUAGGAUGUAUUAAUCAAAUUAUGAAUCAAUGUUGUUUUUAUAAUUAGAUUGAGAAACGGUUUGCGUGUUGAGUUGAAGCCACUUUGGUGGAUGACCCUGCUGGUCAAGUAAGUAGUGUUGUACUGGACAUCAUCCAAAUGGUGAAAGUCCUCAAACGUGCUAGUAUUUAACUGAUAUCAGGAAACUGGCUAUAAAAUACACUUUGUUAUAAUUUCGCUUUCUGCUAUUCA